GGCAAUAUCCAAGUACAUUCUGGUAGCAGGUCUAUCGAUUUCUGCCAUGUAUUUGUAACGAUGGAGGUUUCCAAGCGCACGAUGGCAGAAAAUUAAUAUACUUGUUAUUCGUUAUUUUUAGUUUAGAGAUACAGCAUGGAAACAGGCCCUUCAGCCCACCAAGUCCACGCCGACCUUCGAUCACCUGUUCACACUAGUUCUAUGUCAUCGCACUUUCUCGUCCGCUCUCUACACACCAGGGGCAAUUUCAUAGAGGCCAAUUAACUUCCGAACCAAUAUGUCUUUGGGAUGUGGGAGGAAACCAGAGCACCCAGAGGAAACCCACGUGGUCACAGGGAGAACGUGGAAACUGUACACAAGACAGCACCCAAGGUCAGGAUUGAACCGGGGGUCUCCGGCAAUGGGAGGCAGCGGCUCUACCAGCUGCGCCACUGCGUCAUCCUAAAUGAUAUGGUCUGAAAUACUCACUGUCAAAAUGUGUUCAGGUGAGUAUUCCCCAGCUAGAUAACAAAAUAUCAGAAGUUAUCAUUGGUCUUAAAUUCAAACAGGUGCCAAAGGAGACGUGGGCCCUCCUGGUGAUGAUAAUGAUGGGGGGCCUCCUGGUCCAGAAGGAGAUCUAGGUCCCCAAGGCCCACGUGGACCUCCAGGUGAAACUGGCCCACCUGGUCCGACCGGGAUGAGCAUUCAAGGCCCCAAAGGAAACCAAGGUCCUCGUGGCACCCCUGGGCCAACAGGUAACCGUGGGCCGAAAGGAUUGCGCGGUGAAUCAGGACGGGGCAAUCUAAAAGGAGAUAGGGGCACAUGUGGUGUCCCAGGAAUUCCUGGCAAUCCAGGUGACAGAGGUGACACGGGUCCUCCAGGACAACCGGGAACCCCUGGUGCCUCAGUUCCAGGUCCGAAAGGUCACCGUGGUGACACUGGUACUCCCGGGUUCCCAGGUACACAAGGUGACAAAGGAUCCCAGGGGCAGGUGGGAAAUGCUGGUCCACCAGGACAGGUUGGAGAGCCAGGUCCACCAGGGCCACCUACCGUCACCAUAAAGGGUGACCAAGGAUUGCCAGGUUUGCCAGGGCCUGACGGAGGAUGUGGGAGUCCAGGAUCUCCUGGCUCACCUGGACACAUUGGAAAACCAGGCCCAUCUGGACCAUUUGGUCUCAAUGGGCUUCCUGGAGCUAUAGGUCACCCAGGACCACGUGGAUCCCCUGGAUUUGAUGGACCGACAGGAUCAAAGGGGUCUCCAGGUGCAAAAGGAAAGCAAGGAGUUAAAGGAUCUUCAGGACCAUCGACAUCAGUUAUCCAAGGUUUCGUCUAUACAAGACACAGUCAAUCGAGAGACAUACCUCUGUGCCCAGGUGGCACCAAACAGCUACAUAUUGGCUACUCUCUCCUCUUUGUGCAAGGCAACAGACGUGCAUAUGGGCAAGAUUUAGGAACCGCUGGGAGUUGCUUGCCCAGGUUCAGCGUGAUGCCUUUUUUGUUCUGUGAUAUAAAUGAUGUCUGCAAUUAUGCGUCACGAAAUGAUUAUUCCUAUUGGUUGUCAACUUCAAAACGAAUGCCAAUGGAUAUGGCUCCGAUCAAAGGGCAAGAGCUGCAACCAUUUAUAAGCAGAUGUGUUGUUUGCGAAAGUCCAGCAAUGGUCAUAGCUGUGCACAGUCAAACUAUUCAGAUCCCACCCUGUCCAAGAGGCUGGAAAUCAAUGUGGAUUGGCUACUCAUUUGUAAUGCACAGAGGCUCAGGUGCUGAGGGGUCGGGUCAAGCUUUGGCUUCACCUGGAUCGUGUUUGGAAGAAUUUCGUGUGGCACCUUUUAUUGAAUGUCACGGGAGGGGGACGUGCAACUAUUAUGCAAACGCCUACAGUUUUUGGCUGGCAACGCUGGAUCCCACACAAAUGUUCAGGAAACCCAGGCCACAAACAUUAAAAGCAGGAGAAUUACGAUCAAUAAUAAGCCGGUGUCAAGUCUGUACAAAGUGAACGUGGACGUUAACGGAUAUAAUGGUGCUCUUCCUGAUAUGUUUUGAAUUGUGUAUAAACAACUAUGAAGAUAAUUGAAUAUGAUUAAUCCAUGGUGCUGACUGGACUGUAACAAAUAUAACCAAUAACUUGAUGUUGGUAACACUUACAAAAAACAUUCGCAUCAGCCAUGCGACCACCCAAAGGAAGGACACAGUUACUAAAUUCUACAAAACCGCUGCCAGAUUUUUGAUUGUAGUAAUAAAUAUUUUAACCGUAUAAUGGUGCUGGUGAAGACAUCAUAGAUUUCUAUGUCAUAGAUUAAAAAUGUUGUGUUGGAUAUAGGUGGAACUAUAUCAUGUGCUAAUCCUUGUUGGUCAACUGAGAAAUACAACAAAUCAUUGAUUCUGUAAGCGUUUAUUUAAAAUUGUGUACCAUAUAUAUACAUCUGACUCAAACCAUAAAGAAUGAAAUGGGAGCAGUGAAACUAUUGAACAGAGAGCAUUUUAUAUUAGUGUUACACCUUGACAAGAUAUCAUCUUCUAUCUUUUAGUGCUGUGCAUAUUGAAGAUGCAUCCUGAAAAAUGUUUACUAUGAAUCUGAUGAUUUUAGGGGUAGUUUUAACUUUGUUUUGCUAGAUAGUUAUAGUCAUAGUCAUACAGCCUGGAAACAGGCCCUUUGGCUCAACUUGCUCCCAUGGGCCAACAUGUCCCAUCGACGCUAGUCCCACCUGCCUUGGUUUGGCCCAUAUCCCUCUGAACCUGUCCUACCCAUGUACCUGUCGAAACAUUUCUUAAACGUUGCGAUAGUACCUGCCUCAACUGCCUCCUCCGGCAGCUCGUUCCAUACACCCACUGUGUGAGAAAGUUACCCCUCAGGUUCCUGUGAAAUCUUUCCCCCUUAACCUUAAACCUAUGUCCCCAGGUUCAUGAUUCCCCUACUCUGGGCAAAAGACUCUGUGCAUCUACCCAAUCUAUUCCUCUCAUGAUUUUUUACACCUCUGUGACAAGUAAGCGAUUGUGAAGUGGCUGAAGUGUUUAAAUUGUAUGAGUUGCAACAAUUCAAUAUACCAAUCUUGUUUUGGUCUGGCAAAAAAUUAAUGGUUUAAAUCAUGCAUGUACUUAUGUUAUCUACAAUGAAAAAAAUUGCUUUUAAAAUUUAAAGA